UAUUCAAAUAUGCAAAUUACCAACUGAGCGGUUAUUUUGAACAAGCUAGAUCGAGCACGUCAACAUUGUAGAACUCAAGCUCUUUGACUUGGACACCAGGACCAAAUCAGGACAUGGAGACGUUUGGUGAAUAUGACUCUGCUACUCCUCUUGCGCAGAAAUACUGCAGCAGAAUUAGUUCACAGGAGUACGAAGCGCAGGCCUCCAUGGAAACAUAUGCUGCCUUACAGAAUCUAUUGCAGUAUAUGGACAGCAACUCAGAUGUUUUCAAAAAAAUUAUAGCUAAAAAGAAGCAGGAGGAAGCAGAAAAUGAAGGAUUAUUUUCGUUUUUGAAGUGUAAAGUGUUGGAGAGAGUCAAAGGACCCAAUUUCAUGAUGGCGGACAUCACAGAUGAUGAAAGCAAGGAGAAACUUGAACAGAUGCAGAUGGAGAUGUGUGAUGUUUACAACUAUGUGCAAGACACAAGGGAUAGUCCAGUUUCCAAGCGCUUCUCCAAACGCCUUGCUGCCAAGAGAACCAACCGUGGUACCUCUGGGAAGACCACCACGCCUAAGAGGCCCAAGGGACCCGCCCCUCCACCUCCUCCUCCAUACCCCCCUCCAGGAUCCUGCGGGCCCAAGGAGGUACCUCAGGGGCGCAGUCCCGCCCCCAGUGGUUCGGUCCUGGGUAUCACUCCAUCCCCUAGGAAGCCCCUCCGCCAUGAGGCAGCGUCCGGUAGUGGUAGGAAGACACCCAAGAAGCCUUCAGGAGAAGUAGUGGGCGUGGCACCUGUAGCCCCGCCUCCUCCUCCCCCGCCCCCUCUACCUAGCACCAUGACCCCUAAGACUGCUGCCAAGAAACCACUUCAAGAGAGGACAAAUACUGUCUAUAUCACCACCCCUACUGGUCAGUCCCAGAGUCCUGCCAAGAAGGCUCUUCUCAAGUCUGAUCCAAGAUUGAAGCAGCUCAAGAGAGCUGGAUCCACAACCUCUUUGAAUUCAGUUUCCAGUAUCCAUGAAGAGCUGAUGGGAUUCGAUAAGGGAAAACUCAAGGCAGUCAAGUCCAGGUCACCUGGACGCAUCCCAAAGAAGAAAGUGCCCUCCAAGCCAUCCAGGACGGGCAAGAUGGGGGAUAUUACCAUCGACUCGUUCAAUAUGAAGAUCCUGGAGAAGUUCAAGAACGUUCACAGUCCGAGUCGUUAUGGAAGCCCCAGCAGCGAAUGCAAUAGUCUGUCGAGUAGUGGGUUCGGUAGCCCUUCAGGUUUUACUCCUUGAUUGGAAGGCAGUUCAGGGCGCUGUUUUUUAAAACUUGAUAUCAAUAACAAGUUACAAGCUACUGUUAUAAGCUACUGAUAUCCUUGCUUCUGAUUGGCUGAGAGCAAAUUUGUUAUAGAAAUUUAGCAGUUGUUAUAGAUAACAAGUUUUAUGAAACGGGCCCCAGAUUAAAGUCAUAGCAUGGUUCCAGCAGAGUGGUCCACCAACAAAAAAAUUCAAUCAUGUAACUUUGCUUUUUGGAAGGAGUAUAACCUGGGCCCUGUUUCAUAAAACUUUUCUUCAUUUACAAAAAGCUUAAUUUCUAUGACACAUUUGCUCUCGGCCAAUCAAAUGCCAUGAUUACAGUAGCUUAUAACAGUUAUUGUAACUU